GCUGUGUUGGGGUUGGGGUUGAGUUGUUUUGGGGUUGUUCCUUUUCCAUGCAUUUCUAACCCCUCCCCUUCCCCUUCCCUCUCUUUCUCUCUUUCUUUCCCAUUUCCCUAUGAAAAUUUGAAGCAUCAAAGUGUGUUCCUGUGGUCUCCGCUUUCACUUUUCCUUUCAGCACCGACCAACCAUGGAGGAGCUGCUUCCUCCCCACUGUGUCUGGAGGGCAGCGAUAGCAGCUCUGCCAGGCUCCUGGACGGGGCAACCCUGUGCUGUUAAAGGGCAAAAGUCGCUUGAGUGUCGUUAACUAAGAAGCCAGCUCUGAUUAAUGAUUGAUGGCGGGCGGGCACUAGGACCUCUGGGACGUGGCAUCUCCGUAACCAGAAGAGAAAUGAGGAAAUAACGCCGUGGCUCUGUCUGUGCCCUUUGGAAACAACACAGCGCUGCACCCUGCGGGAGGAGUCGCUUGCCCAGGAGUUCAGUGGUUGGAGUGUGGUUGAGCGGCCCCACAGCUUCACAGCCCCAAAGCAUCACAGCCCCGAAUGGACGCAGCUGGGGGGUGAAGGUGCUGUGUGUCGCUGCUGCGUGGACCGGGCACAGCGCCUGCGACAGCAGGGAACAACGGGGACCCCGCAGAUGUGAGAUGCCUGGCGGUGACCCCGCGGGGCAGUCAGCCCCUCACUGCUGGCAUUGCAGCCCGUCACCCCGUGCCUCUCCCAGCCCUCAUGGCCCCGACAGCUGUGAGCUGCAGGCAGGAGAUGAGAAAGCGAGUUCCUGCCAAAACCACACGGCGCUGUGACGGCCUCAUGUGGCUCUGGGGCACUGCUGUGCUCCGUGGGGGGGGGGGGGGACCAGGCCAGAGCUUUGGCUCAGCCUCAUUUCUUUGUGGCCCCAUUUGGUUUCUUCUCUGCAGGUGACAUCGGGAGCAGACAGCAGUCCCUGAUGCGCUGACGGCCAAUCAUGUCCAGGAAGCACUGGCCUGCGGGGACGCAGUGCGUCACCAAGCACGACCACACCAAGCCCAAGGCCGGCGAGCUGGCCUUCCACAAGGGAGAUGUGAUCACCAUCAUCGAGGCCGUGGAGGGCAGGAACUGGUACCGCGCGCGGCACAACGAGAGCGGGCAGGAGGGGCUGCUGGCGGCCGGGGCGCUGCGGGAGCGCGGGGCCAUCCGUGCUGACCACAAGCUCAGCCUCAUGCCCUGGUUCCACGGGAAGAUCUCGGGGGUGGAGGCGGUGCAGGAGCUGCAGCCCCCCGAGGACGGGCUGUUCCUGGUGCGUGAGUCGGUCCGGCACCCUGGUGACUACGUGCUGUGCGUGAGCUUUGGCAAGGAGGUGAUCCACUACCGCGUGCUGCACCAGGAGAACAGGCUGAGCAUCGACAGCGAGCAGUACUUCUGCAACCUCAUCGACAUGAUCGAGCACUACACGGAGCAGCAAGGAGCCCUCUGCACCAAGCUGGUGAAGCCCAAAGCCAAGAGCGGGAUGAAGUCAGCCGAGGAGGAGUUGGCCAAAGCCGGCUGGCUGCUCAACCUGCAGCACCUCACGCUGGGAGAACGCAUCGGGCAAGGCGAGUUUGGAGAUGUCCUGCAGGGCGAGUACAUGGGGCAGAAGGUGGCCGUGAAGAACGUCAAGUGUGAUGUGACCGCCCAGGCCUUCCUCGCCGAGACCGCCGCCAUGACGAAGGUCCGACACAAGAACCUGGUGCGUCUGCUGGGCGUCAUCCUGCACAACGGCCUCUACAUCGUCAUGGAGUUCAUGAGCAAGGGCAACCUGGUCAACUUCCUGCGCACGCGGGGCCGCGCGCUCGUCUCACUGCCACAACUCCUGCAGUUCUCUCUGGACGUGGCCCAGGGCAUGGACUACCUGGAGUCCAAGAAGCUGGUGCACAGGGACCUGGCCGCCCGCAACAUCCUCAUCUCCGAGGACAACGUGGCCAAAGUGAGCGAUUUUGGCCUGGCCAGGGUCAACCCCCGCGGUGCGGACACCACGCUGCUGCCCGUGAAGUGGACGGCUCCCGAGGCCCUGAAGCACAGUAAAUUCUCCUCCAAAUCGGAUGUGUGGAGCUACGGGAUCCUCCUGUGGGAGGUGUUCUCCUUUGGUCGAGCACCCUACCCCAAGCUGAGCCUGAAGGAGGUGACGGAGCAGCUGGAGCAGGGGUACCGCAUGGAGCCCCCCGAGGGCUGCCCGCCCGCUGUGUACACACUGAUGAGGAGCUGCUGGGAGAUGGAGCCGGGCAAGAGGCCGUCCUUCAAGAAGCUCACAGAGAAGCUGCAGAAAGAGCUGAAGCACCUGAAGGAUGUUUAACCUACGUUCCACACCCAAGGAGCCCCCAGGACCCACAGGAGGAGCCCCCAAGUUGGGGAGCAGUGUGAAAAUGGGCAGCCUGGAGGCUGCUCCCUCCUGGUGAAGAUGGGGCAGUGGCUCUGCAGGGUGCCUCCUCCCCUGCACGCACACAGAGGAUGCAAUGUCCACCCUCCAUCUCCCAGGAGGAUGCAGUGGACAGAUGAAUCCCUCCGUCCCCGUGGGGCCCAGCCAUGCCUGGGGGCACCAGGAGCACGAGGUCCCUCUGAGCCCCUUCUCCUUUCCCAGUGGUGGGGACAACAGGGGAUGUCCCACCCCUAUGGAAGACAACACCCCACUGCUGGCACAGCCCUAUGCCUGCCCUGCAUGGGCACACCAACCGCACUCAGCUCAGCCACGCGGGUUUGGGCCUCUUGAUUAAACCACAGAAAUUAGUUGGGCAGCGUC